GCGCUGAUAGACAUGACCAGACGUGGUCACCAGACGUACUAAAACACGGGCAUAUCCACGGCGUCCAGACUUUUUUUUAGAUACUACACAUGUGGAGAUUGAUUCUAUACCAAUUUAUUAAUUAUUUCCGAGUUGUCUUGGUUGGAAGGCGGUGGCAGUGCCUAUAAAUAAAUAAAAAAAGUAGAAGAAAUCAAUCUAUAUAUAUUAAUCAUACAUAAUACACAGAAGAAAAAAGAGGACUUCCCCUGCUGUUUCAUAAAUGAAACAAAUUUAUUUAUGAAAUUGUACAUUUAAUUCUGGAAGCGACCGAGUGUACUGACUUGAUUGAGUCAUGAGGGAACAAGAAUUAAAGUCGAAGGCAUUUAAACGUGCUGAAAACAAUCUGUUGAAUAAACUGAGUAUGGCGUUUUUAAAGAAUUAUCCACAUCAUGUAAUGCCAGGUUACAACUUGAAUAGAUCACCAUGUAUUGAAGAAUGGAAUGAGGAAAAUGUACAAGGGCUCUAUCAAGAUUUUCCAUACAAUUGUGACUUACCAAAGCCACUAUUGCCACCGGCAAAAUUAUCGAGAACAGUGCUUAGUGAAGUAGAUCCAGCCUUGCAACUCUUAACUUUGAAGAGCCAUCUAAAGGAUGACAUAAAUAGAAUAAUAAAAUACUACGAGAAGCACAAGAAAGAAUUUAAAGUAGUACACAAAAAGAGCAUAAAGUGGAAGAGAGGAAGUAACGGAUAUAGCGCAAAUGUACCUAGAUAUAUCGCAGACAUAGCAGAAUUGCUUGAUAUGGAUCCGGAUUCUUAUUUUGAAGGGACUUACAACUGGUACUAUACUGGUGGCUCGUUAAACUACGUUCAGCUAAAUGGCUGGGAUGUUCUACUCUUUCCAUUUGUGGGAGAUUUAGUUGCUGCACAUAUUGUACCAAUGGAAGAUUUCGUAUGGAAGCCGUUGCUGCAAAAUUCAGCUAAAUGUAAAUUACAUGGAUUGCUGUAUGAAAUUCGACAAUGCAAAAUUAGCAACACAUGUAGAAUUUUAGGAAGGCAUAAAGACCAUUGUACUCUUUAUACACUGUCCAAUUUUGAGAAUCACUUGUUGCUUAAUGAGAUUCACAAGCAAGCAUCAAAAAUACCAUAUGUGAGUGCGGAUUUGAGUUUAACCAAUACUAAUUAUCACUGUACACUGAAUGUAGAAAGAAUAUUGUCCUUAUGGGACAUAAAUAAUGCGAAUUAUAUUAGCAGUGGUUUUGUAGGACAAAACAACAGUACAACUCACACGCAUGAUGCUUGGGGAUGCGUAAGAUUCCAGGAAACUGAUCCAAACGUUUUAAUUUACGUGGACAGAUGUUGCCUGCAUUAUCUUGAUACUAGAACUUCUCUUGAUCGAGCAUGUAUCACGUUGUGUCCAAAAUUUAAUUUGGAAAAUUGCGAAAGUUUAUCGAUAGAAGUACCGAGCAAACACAAUUGUUGUCGAUACUUGGGCACUUCUCAUUCCUUUGUAAUGUGCGAUAAUCGUUCGCCGAAGCAAUGUGUACGACAAAAAUGGACGCAUCAGUUCAAGGAUACUCCACUGUUAGCGGCAGUGACUAACAACGAUGACAAGGAAAUUAUUAUUCUAUCAACUCAGAAAGCCGGCGAAAACACAAUAAUUUUGAACAUGUGGAUAAAUGAGGAAGAGUCGCAUUCUUUUAAUCUGCCGUUUACGCCUCCACAUAUUGCAGAAACAUUAAAUAAAUCUCAAACGCAAGGAAUGUGUUUGAACCCGUAUUUACGAAGCAGAUUUGAAUUGUGUAAUGUUGGUAGCACAUUAAUCACAAAUGUAACGAAUGCAGGAGUAUCUUUCUUUGUUCAAAACUCUAUUGGUGAUAUAUUUUAUCAAUGCGUAACACAUGAAAACGUAUUGGACAAAUAUUCUCCCAUAAAUAGCAAAGCUUGUUAUGCACUAGACAUGUGGGAAAAAGCUUUAUCAGCCCAAGCUGAGCAACUAGCGCCCUUAUCUUUUACCGACAAGUGUAAUAUGCAAUACAUAUAUGAGAAUUUCACGAAUAAAACGCUCGAUCCACGUUUGAAGUCCGUUGAAGAGAAUGCAGACGACGAUUUUGAGCCAACUUGGAAGCAGUCGUUAGCUGCGUUGGGAUCGUACAUAGAUCUAUUAGCACCAGAACUUCUUGCAGUUUGGGAUAUGCGCGAAGAAGUACCCGUACCAGUAGUAGCAGGGUCACAUCAGAAAGUUUGGAACUGGUUAGAAGCCUCGACCUCGAAUUAUCCUGUCACGCAAUUGCAGGAUGAACCCAAAGACAUUCCUACACCUAUUAAUACUCAAGAAUUAAUUAGUGUGUCGCAAGAACACGAUCUUAUUUAUAUAGACGACAGCAAUAUGCUGCAAGAAAUGCUGUUGCCGAAAGUUAAAUCGACAGUUACCAAGAAGAAACGUAUUUAAUAUGUGUAAUAAUUUAUAUGAAUAGAAAUAUAUAGAUUUCAAAUUUAUAUUUUUUUAAAUAUGUGUUAAAGUUAUGUAAUCACAGUAUUAAACUUAAUAUGUGCCAAAGUUAUGUAAUGACAGUAUUAAAUUGUUAUAAAUAAAUAAAAUUAAUUUUGGAA